AGCGACGAGUUUUGUCUCGCUGACGACAUUUUAUCAAUAAUUAUAAAAUUUCCCGAAAUCUAAUAAGUUUUUGUUAAUUCUUAGUAUUAAUUUGAGCCACAAAAAUGGCAGAUAACGAACAGAAAGCAAUGCAGUUGAUGGCAGAGGCCGAGAAAAAGUUGAGCUCUUCUAAAACAUUCCUUGGUUCACUUUUUGGGGGCUCAUCAAAAGUAGAAGAAGCUGUGGACUGCUAUCUCAGGGCAGCCAAUCUUUUUAAGAUGGCCAAGAAGUGGGCCCAGGCUGGUAAUGCAUUUUGCAAUGCGGCACAGCUUCAUUUAAAAGCGGGUGUGCGUCAUGAUGCUGCAACCAACUUUGUAGAUGCCUCCAAUUGUUAUAAGAAAUGUGACCCAAAUGAGGCUGUAUCGUGCCUUUUGAAAGCGAUCGAAAUCUACACUGAUAUGGGUCGGUUCACCGUAGCAGCGAAACAACAUCAGAACAUAGCUGAGCUAUAUGAGACCGAGUGCGUGGAUCUGGCUCGCGCGAUGCAGCACUACGAACAAGCGGCCGAUUACUUCCGCGGCGAAGAGUCCACCUCCUCCGCCAACAAGUGCAUGCUGAAGCUGGCCCAGUAUGCCGCCCAGCUGGAACACUACGACAAGGCCAUACAGAUCUACGAACAGAUCGCCAAGUCGUCGUUGGACAACAGCCUCCUGAAGUACAGCGCAAAAGAGUACAUGUUCCGCGCGGCGCUCUGUCACCUGUGCGUGGACAUACUGAACGCCCAACACGCCAUAGAGAAAUACUGCGGACUUUAUCCCGCGUUCGCCGAUACCCGGGAGUACAAGCUUGUUAAGGAACUAAUCGAACACCUCGAGGAACAAAACGUGGAAGCGUUCACCGAAGCUGUGAAAACUUACGACAGUAUAUCUCGAUUGGACCAAUGGUACACGACUAUUCUGGUCCGCAUCAAGAAACAGAUCAACGACAAUCCCGAUCUUCGUUGAGGCCUUAAUGCCCCGCCCGCCGUCAACGCAGCGUGAGUUGGUCUAUGCCCCCUAUAAGUUGCUUAAACACCUUAUUAUACUCUAUGCUACG